AUGGCCGACAGCAUCAUCUCUCGUGGACAGGCUAUUCUUGAAAAUGAAACCGACUCAUCAUUGCUAUUGCAGGUUGGGGUUUUUCAGACUGCCCUUCUGGAUUUGAUAGAGUCGCCUUCAGGUCGUUACAUGGAGCAAAACUGGAAACUCUACCUCAGCGAAAGUGGUGACAGUGUUAUUGACGUGGUCGAUAAUGCAACCAACGAUGUCAAGCUUCCUCUUGACCGCCUUUCUGUGGGUAAAGGACUGUUUUACCUGUACGACGAGACUGGGAACAACACCUAUAAGAAGACGCUUACUGCGCUGCGUAUCUCGAUCGAUCUGCAACCACGGAAUAUGUUCGGCGGACUUUGGUAUUAUGUCUAUCCAAAUUGGAGCUAUCUGGAUGGAAUGUUCUCUCUGUUGUCAUUCUACCCCUUGUAUACCUCGACUUUCGAUAUAAGCAACAUGACUGAGGUCAACAAUGAUCUCUUCCAUCAGCUCGAGCUCCUGUGGGAGCAUUGUUACGAUAAUGCGACAGGACUUCUUUUCCAUGGCUACGAUGCGACCAAGACUGCCUCCUGGGCCAACCCCAUUACUGGCGCCAGUCCAAUUGUCUGGGAUCGUGCCCUCGGUUGGUUCAUGAUGGGAUUGGUAGACCUUCUAGAGCUCCCACUCAUGGACUCCAGGGUGGCGACGUGGCGUGCACGAUUCGUUGCCCUCGCCGACGCCGUCGUCCAUGCAGUAGACCCGGCGUCCGGCGGCUGGUGGCAAGUUAUGAACUUCCCUGGACGAACAGGCAACUACAUUGAAUCUAGUGGGUCUGCAAUGUUCACCUAUGCCCUCUACAAAGGAGUGCGACUUGGCCUUCUGCAAGACUCCAACCCUCAAGAGUCCCUAUCUCAGAAACCCUUUGGUCAUCUCCGAACAAAUUAUACCAGCAUCGCCACUCGGGCCUAUCGCACACUUGUCGACAGAUUCGUCGUGGAAAAUCCAGACGGCACCCUAAGCUACAACGGAACUGUGAGCGUGUGCAGCUUGAAUUCCACUGCUAGCUACGAGGUACGAAAGAAUGGGCAAACUCUCCUGUGGUGGUAUUUGGGCACUUUUGAAACGAACAAGGCUAACCGAAUGUGA